AUGGGAAAGCGCGGUUUUAACAUGUGGGCUUCGGCCAUGUUCUGCUUUUAAAUAAGGAAGAAGCGGGAGGCGUUAAUGCAACUUUGUGUACUCAAUAUCUCAUUCACAGAAUCGCUUACGGCUUCUGAGAAAUCCGAGUCAGUUAGGAAAAAAUAUUCACAACAGAUACUAACACACACGGCCAGCUAUUUGGAGCUCGCUUAACCUCAGAGGUAAUUAUUGCUGGGCUGGUAUCUCGCGUGUUAGCAGCUGGUUAGCUGGUUGAGCUAAAGAUCAGCGGUGAGGAUUUAGCUGAACUGGUUUAGUCGUGUUUAAGUGAAGGAUUCAGCUACUUUUAUCGAACAAAGCUGGUUAGCAGUGGCAUGCGGAUGAAGGGCAGAGGGAGCCCGCGUUUGGGACUGCGCUGACAGCCCUAACGACUUAACCUGCUAUAAUCGAGGCUUUCAGUCUUUCAUCAUGUUUAAUAAGAUAUAUGGAUGGAUCGGAACCGGACUCGCCAGUCUGCGAAACGGAGCUCCAGCUGGUGGGGUUCACACGGGUACCGUGAGAGUGGAUCAGGACGGGACACUACGGAGAAAGAGACCACUAGACUGUUUGGAAGAUGGAGAUGCAGUUGAUCAGGACGAGGAGAGAGUGGUGAAGAAAUUCAGAAUGGGAGAUCUUAUGGAUACAGUGAAAAAUGCAGCUGAGGGAGUGAAAACACAUGGUUCGAGUGUUGCUUUUUGGAUAAAGAACAGUGUCAGACCUAAUCCAAGGAACGUGUUGCCGACAUCACCGGGUCCACCUCAAAUAGGAAUACCAUCAGAACCUGCAGCCAAUUCUGCUGCAUCAGCAUCUUUGUGGGUGGAAAACAAGUUUGGGGAUCGGUCAUGUGAUAUAAUUGAGGACACAUUUGUAGCUCCCUCUAGUUCAGUUGAAUGGAGAACUGUCACAAAAUCUGAUUCCUUACGGACUGAACAGUCAGUCACCAUAUCAAAAGCAAGCAGAAGACAAGUUUGUAUGGACCAUCCACCCCAAGAGACACACAAAGCUAACGGACACUCUGUUAACUUACCCUCUGCUUCCAUGCCAAACCCAUCCUCCUCUCCCCGCUUGGGCAGAUCCCUGUACCACCGACCACACAGCUUUUCGUCAUCUCCUGAGACCAGUUCAGGACAAGCCAAUUAUACCAGCCUAUAUGAGAAGACCUUUCCCAUCCGAGUGGUCCAGAGUCCUUCACAUGGCAGCUCUAAUCGUCUCUUCCGGGCCAGAGCCUGCUGUACAGCACAGGAGUCGGUGCGUGAGGAAGAAAAGGAGGUUUACAGGCAGCUUCUAGCCGUGGUGUCUAGUGGCCAGUCGACCUUCCUUCACGAUGGAAGUUUUCACUCCAGCAUUCGCUCGCAUCGAGAUUUCUCCAGCUUCCUGUCGUCCAGUCGAAGUCGUCUUCAGUGUGCCUCUCUAGCAGGCUCUGAUGCUGGAGUGUCAUCCUACGGGUUAUCCAGUCCGCCUCCCAGCCCCCGGCCUGGGUCCAGCCAGACUUCCAGUGCCCUUCCCAGUCCCGGUGCGUCCUUUAGCAUUCCAGAGCCUCAGCUAUGGGUCCAUGACCUUGAGCCCAGUGCUAAAGGAUCAGCUGUUCCCUCAGCUCCAUCACCAGCUGCCCUUCAGGAUACCUCCUCUCAGGACACGCAGUCAUCAGCUCAUGACGGAGAUUCAGUCAUUUUUGUGAAGGAGCAGCAGGGGAAGAAGCAUGAAAGCUCAAGUGUGCCGUGCUUCCAGGCUGAACUGUGGAUCAAAGAACUGACUAGCCUCUAUGACUCUCGAGUUCGGGAGCGACGGAGGUUGAUUGAAGAGCAGGAGGCUCUGGCCUCUCAGCUCUUGCAUCAGCGCCUCUCUGGAGAGGGUCGAGCCACCCCAGCGAGCAUUGUGCUAAAGCUUCGAGUUCCUCUAGAGAAGGAGGUUCCUGUUGCAGCUGUUAUCCAAACGCCUCAGCCUAUUAAAGAGGAGCCAGAAUUCCCAGCGUUAACAGAGGAUAUGGUGAAAGAGGUGAGCAGAGCUCUGAGAGGCGGCAUUCAGGAUGAGGUUCUCAGCGAGGGCUUCCGCCUCACCAUCACCAGAAAAGACCUGCAGACGCUCAACCACCUCAACUGGCUCAACGAUGAGGUUAUUAAUUUCUACAUGAACCUGCUGGUGGAGCGCAGUAAACAGCCAAACCUGCCCUCCGCUUACACCUUCAACACCUUCUUCUUUCCCAAGCUGCGGCGCUCCGGUUACUCUGCUGUCCGCCGCUGGACCAAGAAAGUGGACAUCUUUUCUGUAGACAUCAUUCUGGUGCCUGUCCACCUGGGGGUGCACUGGUGCCUGUCUGUGGUGGAUUUUCGUAAGAAGAGCAUCACUUACUUUGAUUCAAUGGGAGGAAACAACGAAAACAGCAGUUUACUUAAUAUUUGAGACAUUUGAUACCUGUAUGUUUUUUAUACAGACACUGUCAAGGUAAUUAACCAUGAAAUUAAUUUUAUUUUAAAUAAGACUCAGAGUCUUCUUUUUGGAGAGAGACUAUUUUUUUUUUUUCAGAUUAAAGUGAGUUUUGUGGUUCUUUUUUUCCCUAGAGUUGAUGAAAAGCUCUUGUGCUGCAAUGCUUUUGACUUCAGUAUGUUUUGGGAUGGAGCUCUGCCAUCACAGGGAUAUGUUUAUUUUGAUCAGUAUUUGGUGGCUUUUUGAUAAC